UGCUCCUCAGACUGAAUGACACUUUUUGCAGAAGGAAGACAAAGCCACAAGCCUGUGAAACGGCCCUGGAAGAGACUUCGUGUGGCUUACGAGGCUUCAAAUGGUGAGGAAGGGGCCGGGGCUGAGCCCCUCCGGGUGCCUGCCUGGGAGCCUCCAGACUGGCAGCGACAGCUGGCUAACAUUCGUACCAUGAGAAGCCAGAAGGAUGCACCUGUGGACCAGCUGGGCGCUGAGCACUGCUAUGACACCAGUGUCCCUCCAAAAGUGCAGAGAUACCAGGUGCUCUUGUCACUGAUGCUCUCCAGCCAGACCAAAGACCAGGUGACGGCCGGUGCCAUGAAGCGGCUGCGGGCCCGGGGGCUGACAGUGGACAGUAUCCUGCAGACGGAUGACAGCACACUGGGCCAGCUCAUCUACCCCGUGGGCUUCUGGAGGAGCAAGGUCAAGUUCAUCAAGCAGACCAGUGCCAUCCUGCAGCAGCACUACGACGGUGACAUCCCAGCCUCCGUGGCGGAGCUGGUGGCCCUGCCCGGAGUUGGGCCCAAAAUGGCACACUUGGCUAUGGCUGUGGCCUGGGGCUCUGUGUCGGGCAUAGCAGUGGACACUCACGUGCACAGGAUUGCUAACCGGCUGGGAUGGACCAAGAAGGCAACCAAGUCCCCAGAGAAGACGCGGGAAGCCCUGGAGGAAUGGCUGCCCAGGGAGCUGUGGGGCGAGAUCAACGGGCUGCUGGUGGGCUUCGGCCAGCAGACCUGCCUGCCUGUCCACCCCCGCUGCCAGACCUGCCUCAACCGGGCCCUGUGUCCGGCUGCCCAGGGCUUCUGAGCUCCAGGGGCUUUGGCCUGGGUGCUGAAGCGGCCGCUAUCUGUAAAGUGCCUUUGCUUGGGGAGCCACAGUCUAAUAAACGUUGGGGGGUU